GAGGGAAUGCACCUGCUUGCGCAUUGUCGGGAAGACCUCUCUCUGUCGGCAAAUUACUCACAGUUACUCACAUAGGCAUCUCUCCGGAGUUGCUGUUCUUCGCAGUGCCGCAAAGCAAGAAGACAAGCGAAUUGGAUAGAGGCAACACCGAAACUGUUACCCAGGCAACACCGAAACUGUUACCCAGGAAACGACGGAAUUGUUACCCAGGCAACAUGAAGACAUCAUCUGCUACUAGUCUCUUGCUUUUCUCUCUGUGUCUACUGGGAAGUGUGAUAUGCAUUGCCGGUGUUGAUGUCAAUAGGCACAUUGCUACCCCUACCUUCGUGGAAAGUGGGACCGUGUUGUCAACAUUUACACUGGAAAAGGCCCACAUGGCAACACCAUUCGUAGCACCGGGUUAUGCUAUACAACAGACAGGCCAUCCAAACAUGGUUGACUUUGUUACGACUAAGGAUGUUGCUGUGAACAGCAAGAUAACCAUUAUAGCAGUGGUAGAGGAUGCAGAGCGCACUAGCUACACCUUUCGACUCGACUUGAUUUCCCGAGCUGCACCUAUUGUGACACAAGAGAGAUUGUCCGUAACCCUGUCUCAGCUUUUCCUUGAUGGGAUUUCCAUCAGCACAAAUCUAUCCAAGCCGGCAACACUCAUUCGUAACGUGAGUGUGUUGCUUAGCAACCCAGCACUUCAAAAUGUAACAGUAACAGCCAUGGGAAAGGAUGUCAAGAUGAAGUGGGAGCUACCAAGUGCUGACCUACAACUGGACAAUCCGUUCACUGUCAACGUAAUUGUUGAGGAUAAUGCUGAAGGACUAAGGUUUCCUGAUAGCACUGGCAUGUAUAACAUCACUGCCCUUCGUAAUGGAGUGUCCUCAUCAAAUGUCACCGUCUUUGUGGAAGAACCAAUUUGCCAAAGACCGGUCAUCUCUGACAAUACUGCAAUGAGUAUUAAGGAGUUGCAAGCAAUCGUCAACUCAGCGUCCUACUUACUCGGUAUGGCGUAUGAAUGCUCUCAGGGAUACGUCUUGAAUGGAACAGCCCUGCAGUUGUGCAUUGCUAAUGAAACGCUUCGACCUCCAUCACCACCGUCAUGUGCCGUGGUACAGUGUAACGUAUCCUUGGUAACAGAAUGCCGAGGAUCUACCCGUCCAGAUCCGGCAGUAUCGUUUGACUAUGGAACAAAUGUGUCGCUGUCUUGUCAACCAGAAUUCUAUUUGCUAAAACCUGGUUAUCUAACUUGCAAUGCCAAUGCAACCUCAUCUACCCAUUGUCCAGUCUGUCAACGUACGUACCAGCACACAACUAAUAGAUUGUAAACAUAUGAAAUGAUCAAGGGAAAUAAUUUACUCAGAAAACGAAAUAAUUCAAAU